AUGUGCGUGGACAGCAGAGCAAUCAACAAGAUUACAGUGAAGUACCAUUUUCCGAUCUCGCGGCUUGACGACAUGCUGGAUUUGUUGCAUGGAGCCACCAUCUUCUCCAAGUUGGACCUUCGAAGUGGCUACCACCAGAUCAGAAUCAGACUUGGGGAUGAGUGGAAGACGGCAUUUAAGACCAAGGAUGGCCGCUAUGAAUGGAUGGUUAUGCCGUUUGGUCUCUCCAAUGCGCCAAGUACUUUCAUGCGGGUUAUGAAUCAAGUGCUGAAACCGUACAUUGGGCGCUUUAUGGUUGUUUAUUUUGAUGACAUUUUGAUUUUCAGUCGUAGCCGUGUGGAGCAUCAGCAACAUCUUCGCCGAGUGCUUCUUACACUUCGAUCAGAAAAACUUUAUGUUAACCUGAAGAAGUGCUUCUUUGCUGAAUCACAAGUACCAUUCCUUGGUUUCAUAAUUUCAGAUCAAGGUGUUGCAGCGGAUCCGGAGAAAGUUCGUGCCAUUCGGGAGUGGCCGACGCCAAGUAACAUUCAUGAGGUGAGGAGCUUCCAUGGCUUGGCUUCCUUCUACCAUCGAUUCAUAAGAAAUUUUAGCAGCAUAGUAGCACCAAUCACCAAUUGUAUGAAGGCUGAAAAUUUUCGUUGGACGCCGGCCGCCACUAGAGCCUUUGAAGACAUCAAGGAACGUCUAACCCAAGCCCCAAUUCUUCGACUUCCAGACUUUGAUCAGCUCUUCGAAGUCGCUUGUGAUGCUUCUCACAUUGGGAUUGGUGGAGUUCUGAGCCAAGAAGGUCAUCCCAUCGCUUUCUACAGCGAAAAGCUCAACGACGCCAAGCGAAGGUAUUCCACUUAUGAUAUUGAGUUUUAUGCUGUGGUUCAAACUCUUAAACAUUGGAAGCAUUAUCUUCUACAUCGAGAGUUUGUCAUGUACACCAACCAUGACUCUUUAAGCCUAUCUACACCGAAAUUUCAGCAGGGAGUCACCGGCAGCAUUCUGAUUUUUCGAUCCAUGACGGCUUUCUCUUCCGUGAAAACCUCUCUUCGCGACCACAUCAUCCGGGAGGUUCAUGGGGGAGGUCUUGCUGGUCACUUCGGGCGUGACAAGACCGUCAUUAUGAUGGAGGAUAGGUUCUAUUGGCCGACCUUGCGCAAGGAUGUCCACCGAAUCAUCAAACAUUGCCGAACUUGUCAACUAGCCAAGGGAACAAAAUCCAAUGCCGGCCUCUACUCUCCAUUGCCAUUGCCGAGCUCACCAUGGGAGGACCUCAGCAUGGACUUCGUGCUUGGGUUGCCCAAGACGAUACGAGGACAUGAUUCUAUUUUUGUCAUUGUUGACAGGUUUUCAAAGAUGUCGCACUUUGUGCCCUGUGCGAAGACUUAUGAUGCAUCACGAGUUGCUGAUAUGUUCUUGAAAGAAGUGGUUCGUCUACAUGGGCUCCCGAAGACUAUUGUAUCUGAUCGUGAUGUCAAGUUCGUUAGCUAUUUUUGGAAGACACUUUGGGCGAAGCUUGGCACCCGUCUUUCCUUCUCCAGCGCCUAUCACCCCCAAACUGAUGGGCAGACCGAGGUGGUCAACCGCAGUCUUGGGAACCUUCUUCGAUGCUUAGUCCGGGAUCAUAUGAAGUCAUGGGAUCUGAUUUUAUCCCAUGCCGAGUUUGCCUACAACAGCAGUGUCAACCGUACCACAGGAUUGUCACCUUUUGAGAUUGUUCUCGGGUUGAAGCCGCGGCGGCCUAUUGAUCUUGUACCACUUUCCAUCAACACAAGGACCAGCGAAGGUGGUGAAGACUUCACUAGGCACAUACAAGACAUCCAUGCUGAAGUUCGACGUUGUUUGGUCACCAACACCGAGAUUUACAAGCAGCAGGCAGACUUGAAGCGACGUCCCCUGGAAUUCAAAGAAGGAGACCUUGUGAUGACGCGGUUGAGUGCUGAACGCUUCCCUCGCAGAAAUUUUUAG